AUGUUUGGUCGUUAGGUGUAAUAUUAUACAUGUUAGUAUGCGGCCAAGCGCCGUUUCAAGAGGCGAACGACAGCGAAACGUUGACAAUGAUUAUGGAUUGUAAAUACUCGAUCCCGUCACACGUGUCCGAUGGUUGCAAGCGGCUGAUCGCGAAGAUGCUCGUGCGGGAACCCGAAGGCAGAGCGUCUCUCGAGGCGAUCGCGGCGGAUUCGUGGUUAGCGAUUGGUUCCGAUUUGGACACUAUAGAGACAUUACCGCUCGUGUCGCGUCAACAGGUGUCCGAUGAUCAUCACAAUCACAUAAUUACCAAAAUGGUUAACGGUAAUAUCGCCACCAAGGAAGAAAUAUUGGACGCACUCGAUAAGAACGAGUACAACCACAUCACCGCGACGUAUUUCUUGCUAGCGGAAAGGAAGCUGCGCGCUCAUCGACAGGAACAGAUGCUGAAAACUCGACCAGAGGUUCUAAAUGUUUCUCCGAGGUAUGUUUUAAGUACUGAAUCACGCAUUAUUAGUGUUGCUUCUACGUGUGACUCACUUAUAAAAUAUGCGAGUUCUAAAUAUUUAUGCCGCGCGUCAACUUGA